AUGGAGCGACCCUUGCGAGGCGGCUUAGGACGUAACCAACAGCGCACCAUAGCAUUUGACGAGGGAUCCAAGACAACAUGGCACUCGUUGGAGUCACCAGACCGUUUGCUGACCUUCUUUGUCUCGCAGCUCAAAAAGUUGGGGUUUCGCAAGCAGCGAGACCGCAAUCGGCGUGACGUUCCAACACCUGAUUCUCACGGCACUUUUGCGCCCUUGGAAAAUGUUGAGUCUCAGGCUUCCACGACUCCAUCACGAGGCAGCUCGUUCUCCGUGCCAGCAUCACUCACGACAAGUCCGACGCCGCGCGUAGACCAGGAUCCAGUGGGGCUCAAGGUCAUCCACCGGCCUGUUGGAAGGCCAAUAGCUGACAUCAUAUUUGUCCAUGGGCUCGGAGGAGGAAGUCGAAAAAGCUGGUCGAAGGAUCACAACCCCGAUAACUGCUGGCCGAAGAACUUCCUCCCCUCCGAGCCAGUGAUUCGCGAUGCUCGGCUGCUUACCUUUGGAUACAAUGCGAACUUUGGGGUUGGGGAGGGCAAGACUAUGAUGUCAAUAUUGGACUUUGCCAAAGACUUGCUGUAUGAUAUGAAAUAUGCGAAAGAUGAAGUAGGAGAGAACUUGGAGGAUCUUGGGAUUGGAGAGUGCCCUAUCAUUUUCGUGGUGCAUUCAAUGGGCGGGCUGGUUGUCAAAGAGGCAUACCUUCAGGGCCAGAACGACCCGAUUUUCGAGCACAUCAUCGAACGGAUAUCAUCUAUCGUCUUCAUGUCUACACCGCAUCGAGGGACCAACCUAGCUAGUCUCUUACAUAAGGUCCUUCAAGUGUCUUUCGGCGCUAGCUCGAGACAGUUCAUUACGGAACUGGUGGCGGGCUCUUCGACCUUGGAAAAGGUGAACGAGAACUUCCGACAUGCGGCCCGAAAGUUGCAGAUCGUAUCUUUCUACGAGACUCGCCCAACGCCGGUGUCCAAAUUGAGUCAAAUGAUGAUUUUGGAUAAGGAUUCUUCUGUCCUAGGAUAUCCGGGUGAGAUAUCAAAGCCUCUAGACGCAAACCAUAGCGAGCUAUGCAAGUACGAGAGUCUGACUGAUCCACGCUACAUUACCGUUCGCAAUGCCCUCAUCACCCUCAUAGAGGACUCAAAAAAGAGUGGCGUUUCUCGCCUGGAGCAGAACAGAUUUCCGUGGAUCACUGAACCCCAAAUCGGGAGUGCAUCGACACCAAUGCUGGAACUGGAACCUCCAGCCCCGCCAUCUUUCGAUAACCGCUUUGAAGAAUUGCUUUCUGUCACAACGCGACCGCAAGACGACUUAAACUUUUUCGGAGAUCGCCUGGUAUUUGGAACAUGCUCGUGGAUUCUGGACACCAACCCAUUUCAAGAUUGGGCCCAUGAUAACAGCCGCAAACUUUGCGUUCUGUGGAUCAACGGCAAUGCAGGAAGUGGGAAAUCGGUACUUUCGUCUUUUAUGAUCAACCACCUCACUCAGUCCGGCUUCGUUUGCUACUAUUUCUUUAUCCGAUUCACAGACCAGAAAAAGCGUACUAUCAGCGCAAUACUGCGGUCAUUGGCUUAUCAGUUAGCAACCUCAAACCCAUCUUACGCGGCGAAGCUUCGAGUGCUUGAGACGGCUGGAGUGGACUUCAAGUCUGCCGAUUAUCGCACUCUGUGGCUAUGGUUGUUCAAGCAAAGCCUUCUCAGCUUGCGUCUGGACCAUCCCAUUUACUUCGUGCUGGAUGGCUUGGAUGAAGCUGACAGUCCCGGCUCCGUCAUCCGACUUUUGUCCGAGCUAUCGCUCGCUGCCGUCCCCCUUCGGGUCUUGGUUAUCAGUCGCAAGACACCCGAUAUCGCAACGGCCUUCUCGAAAAUGUCCCGCCAGGUUAGAUCCGACGCAAUAAGUCUUGAAGGCUCAAUCCAAGACUUCCGUGUCUACAUCGAACAGGAGAUGGACGUGGCCGGCGACGAUAUGUAUCGCGAAGAGGUGACGGCCCAGCUUCUGGAACGAGCGGGUGGUAAUUUCCUCUGGGUUCAUUUGGCAGUGCAGAAGAUCAACGACUGCCACACAAAGCUGGAUGUCCAAAACGCAUUGGAAGACCUAUCUUCAGGAAUGGAAGCACUGUAUGAUCGGAUGGCUCAGUCUGUUAAGUCAAAGCCGAGUGUUGAGGGGCAACGACUGGGAGAAGCUAUCCUGAACUGGGCAACUUGCACACAAAGGCCGCUCACAUUGGACGAGCUUUGUGCAGCCUUGCGAAAAGACGGAUUGAUCGAGAAGUCUAGAACCAUCGUAGAUCUCUGUGGUGGUUUCGUGACCAUAGACCGGGAAGAUUGCGUUGCAAUGAUUCAUGAAACAGCUCGGCAAUACCUGACACGGAAGAAGGCCCUCUCCCCAGUGGCAGUUGAUACUUGCUCUGCUGAUAGUACUAUCUUUGGCAGAUGCAUGGCCCAACUUAGUGAUCCGACGAUACGAAGUCAGUUCAACCGGAAACGACCACCCGCAUUCUUGGAUUACGCCAUCAGGUUCUGGUUCAUUCAUCUAUCACGAGCAUCUGUUCACGGCUCCACCGAGGUCCUUGCCACUACCAUGAAGUUUUUGAACAGCCCGUCGAUAUUGACAUGGAUUUACUUGGCCGUCAGGAUCAACGAGAUGAGGCUUUUAGUCACGGCAUCGCGUUACUUAACCGAUAUGGUGGUUGGCCUACGAAGAUCGACUGCAGUUGAUGAAUCACUUAUCCAUCGCCAGACUGUCCGUCUUGUUGAGGGUUGGGCCACCGACCUGGUGAAGAUCGUUGGAAAAUUUGGCAGCAACCUCCGGCAAUCGCCCGAUGCUAUUGACAAGCUCAUCCCACCAUUCUGUCCCCAAGAUUCGGCUAUAUACGAACAGUUUGGAAGCAAAGAGGGUCACUCACUUCAGAUCUCCGGGUCCUUGAGCUCCGCAUGGGAUGACUGUCUCACACGUCUGUCUUUUGAGCAAGGUGCAUCAGCAUCCGCAGUGCUUGCUGCGGGUAGUUUCAUUGUUGUUCUAGCGACCAUUCAUACGUCAAGUCAUGUACUGAUCUACGAUGCUGUCACAUUUGAAGAGCAACGAAGAUUCUCUCAUCCGGAACGAGUGCUCUCCAUGCAAGCCAACUCCUUGGGGGAUUUGCUCGUUACCUACGGGUAUCUGACUACCAGAGUGUGGAACCUUAUGACAGGAAACUGCCUCCAGGUUGCAAAAAACCCGAUGGACCGCCCUCGACCCCACUCUCUUCGCUUCAUCGAGGACGACCAGACUGUAUUAGUUGCGAAUGAAGACCGGUGCAUUCGGAGACUCUCUGUUCACAGCCCCACAGAUCCCCGAUGGACCAUACAUUCCGAAAUCACAGAACAAAGAUUUGAGGGAACUAUCCACAGUUUUCCCAACUGUUCGGCGCUCAGUCCAGAUGGGACCAUGGUCGUCUUUGGUUAUCGCGCACAUCCUGUUGCUGCAUGGGAACUCGAUCCACCAAAAAUGCUACGUCAAUGUCACAUCCCCGCGGAUGAAGCAAACAUAUCAAGCAAGAGAAAGACUGUGGGAGAGGUGUAUCAUCUAAGAUGGCAUCCUUAUAGUGGUGAAGUUCUCGGCUUGACUCAAAUCGGUCUGAUGUUCAAGUGGGAUCCCUUCGAAGAGGAGACGAGGCUGAUGGUAGGCACCGGUGCCAACAAGAUGGUUGUGUCUCGGGAUGGAUCCCUCAUAGCAACUGGCGACCCCCGAGGCACAAUCAAGAUUUUCGCCACAGCCGAUUUCUCGCUGCUAUAUCAGCUAUCUUCGCAAGACUUCGUUAAUGAUCUGGCUUUCAGUUCAGAUUCCCGGCGGCUUUACGAUAUGCGCGGGCCUUAUGGCAACGUGUGGGAACCAAACACAUUGAUUCGUCUUUCAGACAGCUCUGAAGUCCCAGAUCACAACAGUGAUGCGACUGGUGAGACGGAAAGUCUUGCCAAGAUGUCACUCCUCCCGGAGCACCAGUCAGCCCGAGUCAAUAGCCUGAACAUUCUCUCAUCGCAACCGCAAGGCGCUCUCUAUUGUUUCGGAACAGACAACGGCCUGGUAGACCUCUGUGAAAACGGCAACGGCACAAUUCUCCGGAUGGAAAGGUUGAGUAGCCGAAUGUCUGUCACCCACAUGGCAUGGAGUGAUGAUGGUCGUCGGAUCGCACUGGCUAAUCGAGCUCGAAGGCUUUGGAUCAAAACUGUUUCCCAAGGCGUCGAUGAUCGCCAAGCUUGGAAGGCUGAUUCGGAGCUCAACGUCAUCCUUGCACCUCAGAAAGGCAGGGCCACAGGUUUGUUGUUUCAAACAGCAGGCCAGAAGUUAUGCGCGCGCACGCCCUCCAUGCUCCUUUCCGUCGAUCUCGAGACCCAGCAUUGGACCGAGGCUGAACUUCCGAAAAACAUGGAGCAGUGCAAAUGGAUCAAUCACCCAACCAAACCAGAGUACCUGCUUGCCUUCGGACCCAGUAAGGUUCAAGUCUUCCAGUGGUCUACCAUGCGUCAAGUUGGGGAACAGCGUUAUUCGCAACCACAUCUUGUUGGGCCAUGCAUCUCCCCAGUCUCUCCCACAGAAGGCCAGGGUGAUGAAGAUGAACAUUACACAGUGGGAAGGCUCCUCGCGCAGGCCGGAUCAUCACGCAUUCUUCUUCAGUUGUUAAGCACCACUGUGUCGAACCGACUUAGGCACAGGUACUUCCUUUUCGAUGUAAACGAACUGCGGAUAAAAUACCGAGAUGAAAACGGCAAAAGCGGGGAAGAACCAGUAUUUUGUGACUCCUCUUCCUUCGCAUGCGUCGCUCUUCCUACACGCAUCGCAUCUCGGAUUAGGGAACCGUUGUCGCUGAUGCCGCGUCAUAAACUCAUAUUCCUCGACGUUGAGAGAUGGGUCUGCACGUGGCGGCUUCCGCAUUUCUCACCUACGUCAACCCCGUUGGAGGCUGCAGAUAUCCAGAGAUACUACUUUUUGCCAGGAGAUUGGGCGACGGCCGACGAGGCGCACCGUUGUGUGGUGAUGGCGGAUGGGACACUGCUCUGUCCAAGAAACGGAGGAGUAGCCGCUGUUCAGUGUACAGACCUGUAG